CGUUUUUUCGACACUACAUUUCCCAGCUUGAGCAUCGCAACGGAUCCACCAAUGAGGAAAGGGUAAUUUAGGGUGCCUGAAACCAACAACAGAUCAUCUAAAACAUUUCUUGUCGCCAAGCCGUUACAAUGUUAUGUUUUCAUCUCACUUUCAUCGUAUUUAAUUAUGAGCAAAGCACGGACACGAAACGGUGUGACCUAGGAAAAGUGGGGUGAGUUCGUAGCUUAUUCUGCCGAUGCCACCUGCCAAGCCCUUUUGCUACAACUUGAUUCAAUGCCGCCUUUUGUUGAAAGCCAAACAUCCGGAGAGGCGCCUAUAGACCAUCGCCAUCCUCUAUAUCGGGGUACCUGGAAGCGGUCCAUUCCGGGGAUAGACGAUGAUUUCGCCAAGGAUGACAUGGAUGAACCCCAUUUGAAGCGAAAAUUCGCCAUCUUGAGCUCCCAUCCUGAAGUCGAAAAACUUUACGGAACCGAUAUUCGAACAUUAUAUGUGGCCAUUGCAAACGCAGCAGCACAAGUGGGCCUCGCCUAUUAUUUCGGCCGGAUCAAUGUCUCACUCUGGCAAAUGCUGGUCGUUGCCUACUUUGUGGGAGGAACUCUUACAGCCCUCAGUGGAGUGUUGAUCCAUGAAGCAUGUCAUAGUCUUGUUCUCUCCAGUAGAUUCUGGAACCGUAUUGUUGGGCUGAUUGCAAAUAUCAAUCUCCCUGUACCAAUUGCACAAUCGUUCCGCCGGUAUCACUUGGAACAUCACACAUGGCAAGGAGUUGAAGGCAUGGACCCAGAUCUUCCUUUGGAUUGGGAAAGAACCUUGAUUCGUGGUAACGCACUCAAGAAGACUCUGUGGAUUCUCAUUUAUCCUUUCAUGUAUGUCAUUCGUGGUGCCGUACAACAGCAUCGCCAAAACAAGUCCCCGUCCAAGUGGGAACUUAUCAAUGUAGCAUUCACCAUUUGCUCCGACGCACUUAUUGUUAAAUUGGCAGGCUGGAGAGGCCUUGGCUACUUGUUCCUUUCCUUGUGGUUCGGCUAUUCUCUCCAUCCUGGAGCUGCUCAUUUUGUUCAAGAACAUUACACAUUUGAUGACGGUCAAGAAACCUACAGCUAUUAUGGAGUGUUGAAUAUUCCGUUUAUGAACAUUGGAUACCAUAACGAGCAUCAUGAUUUCCAAAAGAUCCCGUGGUCUGGUCUUCCAGCUCUUCGAUCCAUUGCACGCGAAUACUAUGACACACUCUCCUAUCAUACAUCAUGGUUGUACGUGCAUUGGAAGUUCAUCACUGAGCCUACCAUUGGCCCACAAUCUCGUGUAUACCGCACAGAGAAAGAUCACAAGGAGGGAAGACAUAUGCUUAAAGAUAUGCGUAAGCAGUUCAUGUCUGGAAGACUGAAGCAGGCCUAGAUUAUUCUUUUCGAUCGGAGAAAACGGUUUCGCCGAUGCGGCCGUUCAUCUAUCUGCGAUGUCAAAGUCGCGUUUUCCAUUCAACCGGAUAGUAUAGCCGGAUAGUAUCGCGUAAAGCGAAAAAAAAAAGUCCCCAUUAAGACACAGAACUAUGUAGAUUUAUCAUUGCUCUCCUCCCUUUGCACUGCCCCACUCACCAAGCCAAACACUUGCUUCUCAAUAUACCUUGUUAAUCUGCGUUGUGUUUCUUGACCGUUCUAGUCAUUUAAACCUAUAUCAUCUCUGGUUGGAUCACUUACAUCGUCACAAAGAAAC